ACCACUCUGCACAGGCAUGUCGUACAACUACCUGUUCAAGUACAUCAUCAUCGGAGACACGGGCGUGGGCAAGUCGUGCCUGCUACUGCAGUUUACCGACAAGCGGUUCCAGCCGGUGCAUGAUCUGACGAUCGGGGUCGAGUUUGGCACACGGACGAUCACGCUUGAUGGCAAGGAGGUGAAGCUGCAAAUCUGGGAUACGGCGGGGCAGGAGGCGUUCCGUAGCAUAACCCGGUCGUACUACCGUGGAGCAGCGGGCGCGCUGCUGGUGUACGACAUUACGCGGCGGGAGACGUUCAACCAGCUUGAGACGUGGCUGGAGGACGCGCGGCAGCAUUCGAACGCCAACCUGACCAUCAUGCUCAUUGGCAACAAGUCGGACCUGUCGCACCGGCGCGCUGUCUCGCGGGAGGAGGGCGAGGCGUUUGCCGAAAAGUACGGCCUCGUCUUUAUGGAGACCUCGGCCAAGACCGCCGACAACGUCGAGAGCGCCUUUAUCGGCACUGCACAGACCAUCUACGAGAAGAUCAAGAACGAGGAGUUUGACCCGGACACCAACGGCGUCAAGGUCGGCCCGUUGCAGAGCGGCGGUUCGGGCGGCUACGGCGCAGGCCCGUCCACAACCGCCAAGAAGGGCUGCUGCUAG